ACCACAUUCAAAGUAGUCUUGGUCACGAUGACAAUAAAACUAUUAGAAAAAUCUGCCAAAAAAAAAUAGAGAAACUGUCAUGUUGAAGCUAUAUUGAAGCUUUUUUGCCAGUAAAAUUUUAUAAACAAUAUACCAAAAUGCAGAGCGAAGAGCCGAUAUCACUUAGGAAACUCAGGUCCUCUAAGGACCAUAUUCCUUACAAAAUGAGCUCUUACUACGCCUUUGUUCACGGCAAAUGGGCUUCGAUAUACGAAAAGCAUAGUUGUGGACUGAUCGACACGAUGAAACAGACGGACAUCGUGAGCGAAGUCAUUGAUUCUGGAGGCUUCAUUGAAACUAGAAGAAAGUUGAUCAGAAUGUUCAUGGUUAACGACAAACAUCCUUACACUAGGAGGGUUUUUCGAUCGGGAAAUGACAUAAGGAAUGAGGAAGUAAGACAUGCCUUGCGGUAUAUGUGGAUGCUUCAUCCUUUUAGCGUAUUUUGUCUAUACUACCAGUACUUUAUGGCGGUCAUACAUAUUUGGUACCUCUGCAAAAUUCUAUUGGUAGAUUUUGCCCUAAUUGGUGUGCAUCUCGUAUUUAAGAUUGAGAAGAUGAUUGUAGACUCAAUAAUGUGUCUGAGUAUGUUCACAACGUUUUGGAUAGGGUAUUACGAUUCUGAUCAGGUGCUAGUUAUUUUUGAACCAAAACAAGUUGCCAAACGUUACUUGAAAAGUUUCUUCUUUUUUGACCUGUUAUCAGUUAUCCCAACUUUGGUGCUUAUACUAGAAUUUACCCACGUGGCUCACACAUAUCCCAACGCUAUUAAAUGGUUAAGUCUGUUUCGACUGGUACAUUAUACGUCCAUUGAAGAAGCCAUCAGACUAUUCAGAUUGCAACACGAAAUGUCAUCCACGUUCGAGAUCGUACUGAACAUGAUCCUCAAAAUAUACUGUGUGUAUUUAUUGUCUGUGAGCAUUCUAUUUUAUAUUGACCAAUACAGCUACACUUUGACGCAUGGUGGUCAUUCGGAAGAAGAAGAUCACUUACCGAGUCACGUACACACAGAUGACAAAAAAAGCUUACAAGCAAUGUACAGAGCUGCCAUGUUGCUAUUCAAGAUAAGUCGUACCUCUGUCAUGUACAGUUACUACAGAAUUAUUGAAUACACUAUAACGUGCUUUCUGGCAAUCGUAGUUGAAUUCUGGCUAAUAGCCAAGAUCUAUGUGAUUUGGCAACGAUAUUUGGUUACGUCGAGCUUGGGAGAGGAUAAAUUUCAGCAACUGUCCGUCUAUAUGACCUAUAAGGGCCUGCCGCCGGAUAUCCGAGAACAGAUCUAUCGCUUUUUCGAUUUCAAAUUUCAAAAGCGCUUCUACGACGAACAGGAGAUCCUACAUAUGCUCACAGAGAACCUGAGAAAGGAACUACCGAAGUACAGACUGGAAUUGUGCAUGUCAAACAUUCAAUUAAUUCGCCUACUACCGAACAAAGUCUUGGCAAUCAUAGUGUCUGGCAUGAACUCGACAUUUUACUGUCCUGGUGACAUCAUAGUCAGAAACGGCACUCAAUCUGACAAUUUGUACUAUGUUAAAACCGGCACCACUGCAUUGUUUGAUGAGAAUGAUAAAGAGAUUUGUCACUUGGAGGAUGGUUCAUAUUAUGGUGACAUAUCUGUUGUUCUGUCUCAAACUCACAAGGUGACUAUGGUAGCUAUCACUCAGUGUGAGAUUUACAAACUAAAGCAACAAGAUGUCAAAAUGGGUUUGGAUCUUUUUCCACAUACCCAGGAAAUGGUUAGAGAUACAUAUCAUAAAAUUAUUCUUAACAACAGGAAGAAUUGGGAAGUUUGUUGAUCACAUUUUUGAUCUAUGAAGAACUCUUUCUAUUGAAAAAAAAAACAGUGAUUACUUUAUAAAAACUUUUUUAAUGUUUUUUCUCUUUGCUUUUGUUAGGCACUGUAUUUCUUAAUUUA